UAAGAGCCUCUGAUGACCUCACAGCUUUACAGGCUUUGUUUGUCCGGAGCUGCUGCUGCUGUUUAGCUUCAGACGGACCUAAGAGAAAACAACACACCGAACUUUGUCGCCUUCCUUCGGACACACCAGCUGCAGACAUGCCGUCAGACAGACCCUUCAAACAGCGGAGGACCUUCGCUGAUCGGUGCAAAGAGGUGCAGCAGAUCCGGGAGCAGCAUCCCAACAAGAUUCCUGUGAUCAUCGAGCGGUAUAAGGGAGAGAAACAGCUCCCAGUUCUGGACAAGACCAAGUUCCUGGUUCCUGAUCACGUCAACAUGAGCGAGCUGGUGAAGAUCAUCAGGCGUCGGCUGCAGCUUAACCCCACCCAGGCCUUCUUCCUGCUGGUCAACCAGCAUAGCAUGGUGUCCGUGUCCACUUCCAUCUCUGAGAUCUACGAGCAGGAGAGGGACGAGGACGGCUUCCUCUACAUGGUGUACGCCUCGCAGGAGACCUUCGGCUGCUAGAUGGGAGGAGGAAGAGGAGGAUGAUGAUGGGUUGACGGAGGGAGAGGUCUAACUGGGAACCACCAUGACCCUCUCCACGUUCAGACUCUUUCGUUUAUUCAGUUCACACACAAGCGGCAGACGCCAGCAGAGGGCGCUCUGCUUUUAUUUUCCCCAAACAGUUCUCUUAUUUUGAAGGAACACAAACUGACCAAUCACAUUAGAGUUUAGAGAAUGUAAAGAUUGAUCUGUAGGUUCUCGUCUCAAACACUAAGCAUGCAUCAGGUGCGUCGGCUCAUUUCAACCGUUUCAGUUUGUCUUCCUGAGUUUUUUUAUUUUUAGUUUAGUUUUAAAGUCAUGAUUAAGCUCAACCAUUAACCCCGAGACCCUCGUCAGCAGCGAUGUGCAAUAUGUCCCCGUGCAUGCUUCACACAGCUGGAAGCCGAACACCGCAGCUCGCCACGCCGCCUUCUAAAGCCGUAAAUCGGAGCCUCGUGCUGCUUUCAGGGCCAGUCGGGGUGUUUGUAGAUCUUAGUGAUAUAACCGAUU